ACUGCACCUUUGCUGGUGAAUUCAGAAUGUGGACAGGACCUGUGCGUCUACACUAUUUGAAGUAAAACGAACAGGGUAGAUGGAAUGGACGCUGGGAACCCACUGCACACCACCCUAUAAUGCCUCAACUGUCUCUCUCUCCAGCAUGUCCCUGCAUUUGGGCAGUGAGGUGUUCGAUGUCCACAGAGCCCCUCUACAGGGCAAUUACAACCACCUGUUCAUCCGGGAAGACACGGGUCUACUAGGACAAGCCAUCUUUAAGUCCAGACUUACCUUUAGACCUCACUCUACAAACAGUGCUACACAUAAAAAGAUGACUGUGCCACUCAUGGAUAGAAGUUCAAAGACACAGAAGAUCAGAAUCUUACCAAUGGUGGGUCAUGAUCCCGAAUGCCAACGUACAAAAAUGAUUAAGAAAGCAGAGCAACACUUGAGGGUAUCUACUCGAAAGUCCAGCCAUCGGCGGGGAAAGAAGAACCAGCAGAGGCCGUGUGCCCUCCACCAGGACCCUGGCAGUGAUGAGGAGGAGGGCGAAGAAGAUGAAGAGGCCUCCAGCCUGGCUGCCACUGGAAACCACCAGCAAGGGGAACUCCGGGAACGAACCACAACCAGCUCCUCAGAUGAGGGAUCAGAAGAUAAGGCUCAAAAGGCAAAGAAACUCACCAGUGAUGAGGAAAUGACUCCUCUGGAAACAGGAAAGCCAGGGGUGAAGAGGAAGAUGAGUGAAGCCUAA